GGAUUUACCGUUCUUGGCCCCCGUAGGCCCCCCCGUGCGGGGGGCGGCUGUGAACGCUCUGGCGGUUGGAGGUCGGGGAGCGGCCCGGGCUCUGGCCAUGUUCUCGGAUGAGGAUUUCUGGAUCGCCCUGUGAAGAGGUCUCCCCGAGAGGGCCCUGCCCAGUCGGAGAGAGGGAUGGACAGCCAGAAGCCGUCUGGUGAGGAUAAAGAUUCAGAACCGGCAGCUGAUGGACCUGCAGCCUCUGAGGAGUCAGGCGCCGCUGAGCCAGACCUUCCCAACUCACAUGUGGGGGUGGUCUCUGUCCCCACUUCUGGGGAUCCCAGGCUUCAGGAGCCUUCCCAGGACUGCAGUCGGGGUCCAGUGCGGCGUUGUGCUCUCUGUAACUGCGGGGAGCCCAGUCUUCAUGGGCAGCGGGAGCUACGGCGCUUUGAGUUGCCAUUUGACUGGCCCCGGUGUCCUGUGGUGUCCCCUGGGGGGGACCCAGUGCCCAGUGAACCAGUGCUACCCAGUGAAGACCUGUCACAGAUUGGUUUCCCUGAGGGCCUGACACCUGCUCAUCUAGGAGAACCUGGAGGGCCCUGUUGGGCUCACCAUUGGUGUGCUGCAUGGUCGGCAGGCGUGUGGGGGCAGGAGGGCCCAGAACUAUGUGGUGUGGACAAGGCCAUCUUCUCAGGGAUCUCCCAGCGCUGCUCCCACUGCACCAGGCUCGGUGCCUCCAUUCCUUGCCGCUCACCUGGAUGUCCACGGCUUUACCACUUCCCCUGCGCGACUGCCAGCGGUUCCUUCUUAUCCAUGAAGACACUGCAGCUGCUAUGCCCAGAGCACAGUGAGGGGGCCACACAUCUGGAGGAGGCUCGUUGUGCAGUAUGUGAGGGGCCCGGGGAGUUGUGUGACCUGUUCUUCUGUACCAGCUGUGGGCAUCACUAUCAUGGGGCUUGCCUGGACACUGCUCUGACUGCCCGCAAGCGUGCCGGCUGGCAGUGCCCCGAAUGCAAAGUGUGCCAAGCCUGCAGGAAACCUGGGAAUGACUCUAAGAUGCUGGUCUGUGAGACAUGUGACAAAGGAUACCAUACCUUCUGCCUAAAACCACCGAUGGAGGAACUGCCUGCUCACUCUUGGAAGUGUAAGGCAUGCCGGGUAUGCCGGGCCUGUGGGGCAGGCUCAGCAGAGCUGAAUCCCAACUCGGAAUGGUUUGAGAACUACUCGCUCUGUCACCGCUGUCACAAAGCCCAGGGAGGCCAGCCCAUCGGUCCUGUUGCUGAGCAGCAUCCCCCUGUCUGUAGCAGAUUCUCACCCCCAGAGCCUGGUGAUACCCCCACUGAUGAGCCUGAUGCUCUGAACGUUGCACGCCAAGGGCAGCCAAAGGGUGGGCAUGUGACCUCUAUGCAAUCCAAGGAACCGGGGCCCUUGCAAUGUGAAGCCACACCACUAGGGAGAACAGGGGCCCAACCUGAGCCCCAGUUGGAGGCCCCCCUAAAUGAGGAGAUGCCACUGCUGCCCCUACCUGAGGAGUCGCCCCUAUCCCCACCACCUGAGGAGUCACCCACAUCCCCACCGCCUGAGGCAUCGCGCCUGUCCCCACCGCCUGAGGAAUCACCCCUCUCUCCACCACCUGAGGAGUCUCCCCUGUCUCCCCCACCUGAAUCAUUACCGUUUUCUCCACUUGAAGAGUCACCUUUCUCUCCACCAGAGGCGUCUCCUCCAUCCCCCUCAGUUGAGACACCCCUGUCCCCACCACCUGAAGCAUCACCCCUGUCCCCACCGUUUGAGGAGUCUCCUCUGUCCCCCCCACCUGAGGAAUUGCCCACUUCCCCGCCACCUGAAGCAUCUCGUCUGUCUCCACCACCUGAGGAGUCACCCAUGUCUCCUCCACCUGAAGAGUCACCUAUGUCACCACCACCUGAGGCAUCUCGUCUGUUCCCGCCAUUUGAAGAGUCUCCCCUGUCCCCUCCACCUGAGGAGUCUCCUCUCUCCCCACCACCUGAAGCAUCAUGCCUGUUUCCACUGCCUGAGGACUCACCUAUGUCCCCACCACCUGAAGACUCACCUAUGUCCCCCCCACCUGAGGUGUCACGCCUGUCUCCCCUGCCUGAAGUGUCACGCCUAUCUCCAUCACCUGAGGAGUCUCCCCUGUCCCCACCACCUGAGGAGUCUCCUACAUCUCCUCCACCUGAGGCUUCCCGUUUGUCCCCACCACCUGAGGACUCACCUACAUCCCUGCCACCUGAAGACUUACCUGCUUCCCCAUCACCGGAGAACUUGCUCACGUCCCUGCCGCUGGAAGAGUCACCCCUGUCACCACUGCCUGAGGAGCCAUGUCUCUGCUCCCGACCUGAGGAGUCGCACCUGUCCCCCACAACUGAGGAGCCGCUCCUGUCCCCCACGCCUCAGGAGCCGCUCCUGUCCCCCGCACCUGAGGAGCCGCUCCUGUCCCCCGCGCCUCAGGAGCCGCUCCUGUCCCCCGCGCCUGAGGAGCCACGCCUGUCCCCCGCGUCUGAGGAGCCGCGCCUGUUGCCUGCGCCUGAGGAGCCGCGCCUUUUCCCAGUGCCUGAGGAGCCACGCCUGUCCCCCGCGCCUGAGGAGCUGCGCCUAUCCCCCCGGCCUGAGGAGCCGCGCCUGUCCCCUGUACCUGAGGAACCGUGCCUGUCCCCUGUAGCUGAAGAGCCACAUUUGUCCCCCAAGCCUGAAGAAUCUCACCUGUCCCCCAACCCUGUGGAGCCCCCUGAGGAGCCAGGCUUGUGCCCUGCACCUGAGGAGUUGCCCCUGUUACCCCCACCUAGGGAGCCAUCCUUGUCCCCUUUGCUUAGAGAGCCGGCCCUGUCUGAGCCUGGGGAGCCACCUCUAUCCCCUCUGCCUGAGGAUCUGCCCAUGUCCCCAUCUGGGGAGCCAUCUUUGUCACCUCAACUGAUGCCAUCAGAUCCUCUUCCUCCUCCACUCUCACCCAUUAUCACAGCUGUGGCCCCACCAGCCCUGUCUCCUUUAGGGGAGUUAGAGUACGCCUUUGCUGCCAAAGGGGACAGUGACCCUGAGUCACCAUUGGCUGCCCCCAUCCUAGAGACACCCAUCAGCCCUCCACCAGAAGCAAAUUGCACUGACCCUGAACCUGUACCCCCUAUGAUCCUUCCCCCAUCUCCAGGCUCCCCAGUGGGACCAGCCUCUCCCAUCCUGAUGGAGCCUCUUCCCCCUCAGUGUUCUCUAUUCCUUCAGCCUUCCCAGCCUCCCCAAAACUCCCCUCCUUCCCAGGGCUCCCCUCCUGCUCUGCCUCUGUCCGUCCCCUCCCCACUCAGUCCCAUGGAGAAGACAGCAGAGGUCUCAGAUGAGGCUGAGCCUCAUGAGAUGGAGACUGAAAAAGUUCUAGAACCCGAGUGCCCAGCCCUGGAGCCCAGCCCUACCAGUCCUCUCCCCUCCUCCAUGGGAGACCUUUCCUGUCCUGCACCUAGCCCUGCCCCAGCACUGGAUGACUUCUCUGGCCUGGGGGAAGACACAGCCCCUCUUGAUGGGACUGACACUCCUGGUUCACAGCCAGAAGCUGGACAGACCCCUGGCAGUUCAAUGGCUUGUGAACUUAAGGGUUCCCCUGUGCUCCUGGACCCUGAGGAGCUGGCCCCUGUGACCCCUAUGGAGGUCUAUGGCCCAGAAUGCAAACAGGCAGGGCAGGGCUCACCCUGUGAGAUGCAGGAGGAACCACGUGCGCCAGUGGCCCCCACCCCACCUGCUCUCAUCAAAUCCGACAUCGUUAAUGAGAUCUCCAAUCUAAGCCAGGGUGAUGCCAGUGCUAGUUUUCCUGGCUCAGAGCCCCUGCUGGGCUCUCCUGACCCUGAGGGGGGUGGCUCCUUGUCCAUGGAGCUGGGGGUGUCUACAGACGUUAGCCCAGCCCGAGAUGAGGGCUCCUUGCGGCUCUGUACCGACUCGCUGCCAGAGACUGAUGACUCGCUAUUGUGUGAAGCUGGGACAACUGUCAGUGGAGGCAAAGCCGAGGGGGACAAGGGGAGGCGGCGCAGUUCCCCCGCCUGUUCCCGCAUUAAGCAGGGACGCAGCAGUAGUUUCCCAGGAAGACGCCGGCCACGCGGAGGAGCACACGGAGGACGUGGGAGAGGACGGGCCCGACUAAAAUCAACUGCUUCUUCCAUUGAGACUCUGGUAGUUGCUGAUAUCGAUAGCUCUCCCAGCAAGGAAGAAGAAGAAGAAGAUGAUGACACCAUGCAAAAUACCGUGGUUCUCUUCUCCAAUACAGACAAAUUUGUCCUAAUGCAGGACAUGUGUGUGGUAUGUGGCAGCUUUGGCCGGGGAGCAGAGGGCCAUCUCCUUGCCUGUUCCCAGUGCUCUCAGUGCUAUCACCCUUACUGUGUUAACAGCAAGAUCACCAAGGUGAUGCUUCUGAAGGGCUGGCGGUGCGUGGAGUGUAUUGUGUGUGAGGUGUGUGGCCAGGCCUCUGACCCCUCACGCCUGCUGCUCUGUGAUGACUGUGACAUUAGCUACCAUACAUACUGCCUGGACCCCCCACUGCUCACCGUGCCCAAAGGUGGCUGGAAAUGCAAGUGGUGUGUCUCCUGUAUGCAGUGUGGGGCCGCUUCCCCUGGCUUCCACUGUGAAUGGCAGAAUAGUUACACACACUGUGGGCCCUGUGCUAGCCUGGUGACCUGCCCUAUCUGUCAUGCCCCAUACGUAGAAGAGGACCUACUCAUCCAGUGUCGCCACUGUGAACGGUGGAUGCAUGCUGGCUGUGAGAGCCUCUUCACAGAGGAAGAAGUGGAGCAGGCUGCAGAUGAGGGCUUUGACUGUGUCUCCUGCCAACCCUAUGUGAUAAAGCCUGCGGUGCCUGUUGCGCCUCCAGAGUUGGUGCCUAUGAAAGUGAAAGAGCCAGAGCCCCAGUACUUUCGCUUCGAGGGUGUGUGGCUGACAGAAACUGGCAUGGCCGUGCUGCGUAACCUGACGAUGUCACCUCUGCACAAGCGGCGCCAGCGGCGGGGGCGGCUUGGCCUCCCAGGCGAGGGAGGGCUAGAAGGUUCUGAGCCCUCAGAUGCCCUCGGACCUGAUGACAAGAAGGAUGGGGACCUGGACGCUGAUGAGCUUAUCAAGGGUGAAGGUGGUGUAGAGCACAUGGAGUGCGAAAUUAAACUGGAGGGCCCCAUCAGCCCUGACGGAGAGCCUGGCAAGGAGGAGACCGAGGAAAGCAAAAAACGCAAGCGCAAACCGUAUCGUCCUGGCAUUGGUGGCUUCAUGGUGCGACAGCGGAAAUCCCAUACACGUGUGAAAAGGGGGCCUGCAGCACAGGCGGAGGUGUUGAGUGGUGAUGGGCAGCCCGACGAGGUGAUGCCUUCUGACCUGCCGGCAGAGGGCUCCGUUGAGCAGAGCUUAGCUGAUGGGGAUGAGAAGAAGAAGCAGCAGCGGCGAGGGCGCAAGAAGAGCAAACUGGAGGACAUGUUCCCUGCUUACCUGCAGGAAGCCUUCUUUGGGAAGGAGCUGCUGGACCUGAGCCGUAAGGCCCUUUUUGCAGUCGGGGUGGGCCGGCCAAGCUUUGGACUAGGAACCCCCAAAACCAAGGGGGAUGGAGGCUCAGAAAGGAAGGAGCCCCCAACCUUGCAGAAAGGAGAUGAUGGUCCAGAUGUUGCAGAUGAAGAAUCACGUGGCCUCGAGGGCAAAGCUGAUACACCAGGACCUGAGGAUGGGGGCAUAAAGGCAUCCCCAGUGCCCAGUGACCCCGAGAAGCCAGGCACCCCAGGUGAAGGGAUGCUUAGCUCUGACUUAGACAGGAUUCCCACAGAAGAAUUGCCUAAGAUGGAAUCCAAAGACCUGCAGCAGCUCUUCAAGGAUGUUCUGGGUUCUGAACGAGAGCAGCAUCUGGGUUGUGGAACCCCUGGCCUAGAUGGCAGCCGUACGCCACUGCAGAGGCCCUUUCUCCAGGGUGGACUCUCUUUGGGCAAUCUCACCUCCAACAGCCCAAUGGACUCCUACCCUGGCCUCUGCCAGUCCCCAUUCCUGGAUAGUAGGGAGCGCGGGGGCUUCUUCAGCCCGGAACCCGGUGAGCCAGACAGCCCGUGGACGGGGUCAGGGGGCACCACGCCCUCUACCCCCACCACCCCCACCACGGAGGGUGAGGGCGACGGGCUCUCCUAUAACCAGCGGAGUCUUCAGCGCUGGGAGAAGGACGAGGAGUUGGGCCAGCUCUCCACCAUCUCGCCUGUGCUCUAUGCCAACAUUAACUUUCCCAAUCUCAAACAAGAUUACCCAGACUGGUCUAGCCGAUGCAAACAAAUCAUGAAGCUCUGGAGAAAGGUUCCAGCUGCGGACAAAGCCCCCUACCUGCAAAAGGCCAAAGAUAACCGGGCGGCUCACCGCAUCAACAAGGUGCAGAAGCAGGCUGAGAGCCAGAUCAACAAGCAAACCAAGGUGGGCGACAUAGCCCGUAAGACUGACCGACCGGCCCUACAUCUCCGCAUUCCCCCCCAGCCAGGGGCACUGGGCAGUCCGCCCCCUGCUGCUGCCCCCACCAUUUUCAUUGGCAGCCCCACUACCCCCGCCGGCUUGUCUACCUCUGCGGACGGGUUCCUGAAGCCACCGGCAGGCACGGUGCCCGGCCCCGACUCGCCUGGUGAGCUCUUCCUCAAGCUCCCGCCCCAGGUGCCCGCCCAAGUGCCUUCGCAGGACCCCUUUGGACUGGCCCCCGCCUAUGCCCUGGAGCCCCGCUUCCCCACGGCACCACCCACCUAUCCCCCUUAUCCUAGCCCGACUGGGGCCCCCGCACAGCCUCCGACGAUGGGCCCCUCAUCUCGUCCUGGGACUGGUCAGCCAGGGGAAUUUCACACAACCCCACCUGGCACUCCCCGACACCAGCCUUCCACACCUGACCCCUUUCUCAAACCCCGCUGCCCCUCACUGGACAACCUGGCUGUGCCUGAGAGCCCAGGGGUAGGGGGAGGCAAGGCUUCCGAGCCCCUGCUCUCACCCCCACCUUUUGGGGAGCCCCGGAAGGCACUAGAGGUGAAGAAGGAAGAGCUUGGGGCAGCCUCUCCUAGCUAUGGGCCCCCAAACCUGGGUUUUGUUGACUCACCCUCCUCAGGCCCCCACCUAGGUGGCCUGGAGUUAAAGGCACCUGAUGUCUUCAAAGCCCCUCUGACCCCUCGGGCAUCUCAGGUAGAGCCCCAGAGCCCAGGCUUGAGCCUACGGCCCCAGGAGCCGCCCCCUGCCCAGGCUUUGGCCCCUUCUCCCCCAAGCCACCCAGACAUCUUUCGCCCUAGCCCUUACCCUGACCCCUAUGCCCAGCCCCCACUGACUCCUCGGCCCCAGCCACCACCCCCUGAGAGCUGCUGUGCCCUGCCCCCUCGCUCACUGCCCUCUGACCCUUUCUCCCGAGUUCCUGCCAGUCCUCAGUCCCAGUCCAGCUCCCAGUCCCCACUGACACCCCGUCCUCUCUCUGCUGAGGCUUUCUGCCCAUCCCCUGUUACCCCUCGCUUCCAGUCCCCUGACCCUUAUUCUCGCCCACCCUCACGCCCUCAGUCCCGUGACCCAUUUGCCCCAUUGCAUAAGCCACCCCGACCCCAGCCUUCUGAAGUUGCCUUCAAGGCUGGGCCUCUAGCCCACACUCCUCUGGGGGCUGGGGGCUUCCCAGCAGCCCUGCCCUCAGGGCCAACAGGUGAGCUCCACGCCAAGGUCCCAAGUGGGCAGCCCUCCAAUUUCACCCGGUCCCCUGGGACCGGUGCAUUUGUGGGCACCCCCUCUCCUAUGCGUUUCACUCUCCCUCAGGCGGUAGGGGAGCCUUCCUUAAAGCCCCCUGCCCCUCAGCCUGGUCCCCCCCCACCCCAUGGGAUCAAUAGCCAUUUUGGGCCCAGCGCCAACUUGGGCAAGCCCCAAAGCACAAACUACGCAGUAGCCGCGGGGAACUUCCACACAUCAGGCAGCCCCCUGGGUCCCAGCAGCGGGUCCACAGGAGAGGGCUAUGGGUUGUCCCCGCUACGCCCCCCAUCAGUCCUGCCACCGCCUGCACCCGAUGGAUCCCUCCCCUACCUGUCCCAUGGAGCCUCACAGCGGGCAGGGAUCACCUCUCCAGCUGAGAAGCGAGAAGACCCAGGGACUGGAAUGGGCAGCUCCCUAGCGGCACCUGAACUCCCAGGUACCCAGGAUCCAGGCAUGCCCAGCCUCAGUCAGACAGAGCUGGAGAAGCAACGGCAGCGCCAGCGACUGCGGGAGCUGCUGAUUCGGCAGCAGAUCCAGCGCAACACCCUGCGGCAGGAGAAGGAAACAGCUGCAGCAGCUGCAGGAGCAGUGGGGCCCCCGGGCAGCUGGGGUGCGGAGCCCAGCAGCCCUGCCUUUGAGCAGCUGAGUCGAGGCCAGACUCCCUUCACUGGGACCCAGGACAAGAGUAGCCUUGUGGGACUGCCACAGAGCAAGCUGGGUGGCCCUGUCCUGGGGCCAGGGGCUUUUCCCACAGAUGAUCGACUCUCCCGGCCACCUCCACCACCCACCCCUUCCUCUGUGGAUGUGAACAGCCGACAACUGGUAGGAGGCUCCCAAGCCUUCUAUCAGCGACCACCCUAUCCUGGGCCCCUGCCCUUACAGCAGCAACAACUGUGGCAGCAACAGCAGCAGCAGCAGGCAACAGCAGCAACCUCCAUGCGACUUGCAAUGUCCACUCGCUUUCCAUCAACUCCUGGGCCUGAACUUGGCCGCCAAGCCCUAGGUUCUCCCAUGACAGGAAUUCCCACCCGGUUGCCUGGCCCUGGUGAGGCAGUGCCUGGUCCAGCUGGUCCUGCCCAGUUCAUUGAGUUGCGGCACAAUGUGCAGAAAGGACUAGGACCUGGGGGGCCUCCAUUCCCAGGUCAGGGGCCCCCUCAGAGACCCCGUUUCUAUGCUCUAAGUGAGGAUCCCCACCGACUGGCCCCUGAAGGACUUCGGAGCCUGACGGUAUCAGGGCUUCUUCCACAGAAACCCUCAGCCCCACCAGCCACUGAAUUGAACAGCAGCCUCCAUCCAACACCCCACACCAAGGGUCCCAACCUAGCCGCUGGCCUGGAGCUGGUCAGCCGGCCCCCUUCGAGCACUGAGCUUAGCCGCCCCCCUCCUCUGGCCCUGGAAGCUGGGAAACUACCCUGUGAGGAUUCUGAGCUGGAUGAUGACUUUGAUGCCCACAAGGCCCUAGAGGAUGAUGAGGAGCUUGCUCAUCUGGGCUUGGGUGUGGACGUGGCUAAGGGUGAUGAUGAGCUGGGCACCCUAGAAAACCUGGAGACUAAUGACCCCCACCUAGAUGAUCUGCUCAACGGAGAUGAGUUUGACCUACUGGCCUAUACUGACCCUGAGCUAGACACUGGGGACAAGAAGGAUAUUUUCAAUGAGCAUCUGAGGCUGGUGGAAUCAGCCAAUGAGAAGGCUGAGCGAGAGGCCUUGCUGCGGGGGGUGGAGCCAGGACCCUUGGGCCCUGAGGAGCGUCCUGCCCCUGCCCCUGCCCCUGCCCCUGCCUCUGCCCCUGAUGCCUCUGAGCCCCGCCUGGCACCGGUACUCCCUGAAGUGAAAACCAAGGUGGAGGAGGGUGGGUCCCACCCCUCCCCUUGCCAGUUCACUAUUACCACCCCCAAGGUAGAGCCAGCACCUGCCACCACUUCUUUGGGCCUGGGGCUGAAGCCAGGACAGAGCGUGAUUGGCAACCGGGACACGCGGAUGGGCACAGGGCCCUUUUCCAGCAGUGGCCACACAGGUGAAAAGGGCCCGUUUGGGGCCACAGGAGGACCACCGGCUCACCUGCUGGCCCCCAGCCCGUUGAGUGGCCCAGGAGGGUCUUCCCUGCUGGAAAAGUUUGAGCUAGAGAGUGGGACGCUGGCCUUGCCCAGUGGACACACGGCGUCUGGGGAUGAACUUGACAAGAUGGAGAGCUCACUGGUGGCCAGUGAGUUGCCCCUACUCAUUGAGGAUCUUUUGGAGCAUGAGAAGAAGGAACUGCAGAAGAAGCAGCAGCUUUCAGCACAACUGCAGCCUGCCCAGCAGCAACAGCAGCAGCAUUCCCUACUGUCCACACCAGGCUCUGCCCAGGCCAUGCCUUUGCCACAUGAGGGCUCUUCCAGUUUGGCUGGGCCCCAACAGCAGCUUUCCCUGGGUCUUGGAGGUACCCGACAGCCAGGCUUGGCCCAUCCACUGAUUCCCACCCAGCCACCAGCUCAUGCCCUCCAGCAGCGCCUGGCCCCAUCCAUGGCCAUGGUGUCCAACCAAGGGCAUAUGCUAAGUGGACAGCAUGGAGGGCAAGCAGGACUGGUACCUCAGCAGAGCCCACAGCCAGUGCUGACACAGAAGCCCAUGGGUACUGUGCCACCUUCCAUGUGUAUGAAGCCCCAGCAGCUGGCGAUGCAGCAGCAGCUGGCUAACAGCUUCUUCCCAGAUACAGACCUAGACAAAUUUGCUGCAGAAGAUAUUAUUGAUCCCAUUGCAAAGGCCAAGAUGGUGGCUUUGAAAGGCAUCAAGAAAGUGAUGGCUCAGGGCAGCAUUGGGGUGGCACCCGGUAUGAACAGGCAACAAGUGUCACUGCUAGCCCAGCGGCUCUCAGGGGGGCCUGGCAAUGACUUGCAGAACCAUGUGGCACCUGGGAGUGGCCAGGAGCGGAGUGCCGCUGACCCCUCCCAACCUCGCCCCAACCCACCCACUUUUGCUCAGGGGGUGAUCAAUGAGGCUGACCAGCGGCAAUAUGAGGAGUGGCUGUUCCACACCCAACAGCUCCUACAGAUGCAGCUGAAGGUGCUAGAGGAGCAGAUUGGUGUGCACCGUAAGUCCCGGAAGGCUCUGUGUGCCAAGCAGCGCACCGCCAAAAAGGCUGGCCGUGAGUUCCCAGAGGCCGAUGCAGAGAAGCUCAAGCUGGUCACAGAGCAGCAGAGCAAGAUCCAGAAACAACUGGAUCAGGUCCGAAAACAACAGAAAGAGCACACUAAUCUCAUGGCAGAAUAUCGGAAUAAACAGCAACAACAGCAGCAACAACAACAACAGCAACAGCAGCACUCAGCUGUGCUGGCCCUCAGCCCUUCCCAGAGUCCCCGACUACUCACCAAGCUCCCUGGUCAGCUGCUCCCAGGCCAUGGGCUACAGCCACCUCAGGGACCUCUGGGUGGGCAAGCUGGAAAUCUUCGCCUACCCCCUGGGGGCAUGGCACUACCUGGACAACCAGGUGGUCCCUUCCUCAACACAGCCCGGGCCCAGCAGCAGCAACAGCAACAUUCUGGUGGGGCUGGGGCCCUGACUGGUCCCUCUGGCAGCUUCUUCCCUGGCAACCUUGCUCUUCGGGGCUUGGGACCUGAUUCAAGGCUCUUACAGGAAAGGCAGCUGCAGCAGCAACGCAUGCAGCUGGCCCAGAAACUGCAGCAGCAGCAACAGCAGCAGCAGCAGCAACAACACCUUCUAGGACAGGUGGCAAUCCAGCAACAGCAGCAACAGGGCCCAGGGGUGCAGGCAAACCAGGCCCUGGGUCCUAAGCCCCAGGGACUUCUGCCUCCCAACAGCCAUCAGGGCCUCCUGGUCCAACAGCUGUCUCCCCAACCAUCCCAGGGGCCCCAGGGCAUGCUGGGCCCUGCCCAGGUGGCAGUGUUGCAGCAGCAACACCAGCAGCAGCAGCACCCUGGAGCUUUGGGCCCCCAGGGCCCUCACAGACAGGUACUUCUGACCCAGCCUCGGGUGCUGAGUUCCCCCCAGCUAGCACAGCAGGGUCAGGGCCUUAUGGCACACCGGCUGGUCACAUCCCAGCAGCAGCAGCAACAACAACAGCACCAACAGCAGGGAUCCAUGGCAGGGCUCUCCCAUCUUCAGCAGGGUCUGAUGCCACACAGUGGGCAGCCCAAACUGAAUGCACAGCCCAUGGGCUCCUUACAGCAGCAGCAGCUUCAGCAACACCAGUUUCAACAACAGCAGCAGCAGCUUCAGCAGCAGCAGCAACUUCAACAGCAACAGCAGCAGCUACAGCAGCAGCAGCAGCUACAACAGCAGCAGGUACAGCAGCAGCAAUUACAGCAGCAGCAACUACAGCAGCAGCAGCAGCAGCAGCAGCAGCAGCAGCAGCAGCAGCAGCAGCAGCAGCAGCAGCAGCAAUUUCAACAGCAGCAGCAGAUGGGCCUCUUGAACCAGAGUCGAACUUUACUGUCUCCUCAGCAGCAGCAGCAGCAGCAGCAACAGCAGCAGCAGCAGCAGCAACAGCAGCAGCAGCAGCAGCAGCAGCAGCAGCAGCAGCAGCAGCAGCAGGUGACACUUGGCCCUGGCAUGCCAGCCAAGCCUCUUCAACACUUUUCUAGCCCCGGAGCCCUGGGCCCAACCCUCCUCCUGACGGGCAAGGAACAAGGCAUUGUAGAGACAGCUCUCCCUCCAGAGGUCACUGAGGGACCCUCAACACAUCAGGGAGGCCCUCUAGCAGUAGGGACUACACCUGAAUCAACGGCUGCCGAACCAGGGGAGGUAAAGCCUUCAGUCUCUGGGGACUCACAACUCUUGCUUGUCCAACCCCAGGCCCAGCCUCAGCCCAACUCCCUGCAGCUGCAGCCACCUCUGAGGCUCCCUGGACAACAGCAGCAAGUGAACUUGCUCCACACAGCAGGUGGGGGAAGCCAUGGGCAGCUAGGCAGUGGAUCAUCUUCUGAGGCCUCAUCUGUGCCCCACCUGCUGUCACAACCCUCUGUUUCCUUAGGGGAGCAGCCUGGACCCAUGAGCCAGAACCUUAUGGGUCCCCAACAUCCCCUCGGGCUAGAGCGGCCCAUGCAAAGUAAUGUAGGGCCACAGCCUCCCAAACCAGGACCUGUCCCCCAGUCUGGGCAGGGCCUGCCUGGGGCUGGAGUCAUGCCUACAGUGGGUCAGCUUCGAGCACAGCUCCAAGGGGUCCUGGCCAAAACCCCACAGCUGCGGCACUUGAGUCCUCAGCAGCAGCAGCAGCUACAGGCACUUCUCAUGCAGCGACAGCUACAGCAGAGUCAGACAGUACGCCAGACCCCACCCUUCCAGGAGCCUGGGACGCAGCCCUCUCCUCUACAGGGCCUCCUAGGCCGUCAACCCCAACUUGGAAGCUUCCCUGGAUCCCAGACAGGCCCCCUCCAGGAGCUAGGGGCAGGGCCUCGACCUCAGGGCCCAUCCCGGCUCCCUGCCCCACAAGGAGCCUUAUCAACAGGACCAGUCCUUGGCCCUGUACAUCCCACACCUCCACCAUCCAGCCCCCAAGAACCAAAGAGACCUUCACCAAAAUUACCUUCCCCCAGCUCCCAGCUCCACUCUGAAGUCCAGCUCACUCCCACCCAGCCAGGGACUCCAAAGCCCCGGGAGCCUUCUGGGAGAGUCUCACCUGCUGCUGCCCAGCUUGCGGACACCUUCUUUGGCAAGGGGCUGGGACCUUGGGACCCCCCAGACAACCUCGCAGAAGCCCAGAAGCCAGAUCCUGGGCAUCUGGAGCAGGUGAAUGGGCAGGCGGUGCCUGAGCCGCCCCAUGUCAGCAUCAAGCAGGAGCCUCGGGAAGAGCCAUGUGCCCUGGGGGCCCAGGCGGUGAAAAGGGAGACCAAUGGGGAACCACUAGGGACACCAGGUACCAGCAACCACCUCCUGCUGGCAGGACACCGCUCAGAGGCUGGACAUCUGCUCUUGCAGAAGCUUCUACGGGCAAAGAAUGUGCAGCUCAGCACUGGGCGGGGGCCCGAGGGGCUGCGAGCUGAGGUCAACGGACACCUUGACAGCAAGCUGACUGGUCUGGAGCAAAAACUACAGGGUACCCCCAGCAACAAGGAGGAUGCAGCAGCAAGGAAGCCACUGACCCCGAAGCCCAAGCGGGUACAGAAGGCAAGCGACAGGUUGGUGAGCUCCCGAAAGAAGCUGCGGAAGGAGGACGGGGUCAGGGCCAGCGAGGCCUUGCUGAAACAGCUGAAACAGGAGCUGUCCCUGCUGCCCCUAACGGAGCCUACCAUCACCGCCAAUUUUAGCCUCUUUGCCCCCUUUGGCAGUGGCUGCUCAAUCAGUGGGCAGAGCCAGCUGAGGGGGGCCUUUGGAAGUGGGGCACUGCCCACUGGCCCUGACUACUAUUCCCAGCUGCUUACCAAGAAUAACCUGAGUAACCCGCCGACACCACCCUCGUCGCUGCCCCCCACCCCACCCCCAUCGGUGCAGCAGAAGAUGGUGAAUGGCGUCACCCCAUCUGAAGAGCUGGGGGAGCACCCCAAGGAUGCUGCCUCUGCCCGAGAGACUGAAGGGGCACUGAGGAAUGCUUCAGAGGUGAAAAGUCUAGACCUGCUGGCCGCCUUGCCUACACCCCCUCACAAUCAGACUGAGGAUGUCAGGAUGGAGAGUGAUGAGGAUAGCGAUUCUCCUGACAGCAUUGUGCCAGCUUCAUCCCCCGAGAGCAUCCUGGGGGAGGAGGCACCUCGUUUCCCUCAGCUAGGCUCAUGCCGGUGGGAGCAGGACGACCGGGCCCUAUCCCCUGUCAUCCCCAUCAUUCCUCGGGCCAGCAUCCCAGUCUUCCCAGAUACCAAACCUUAUGGGGCCUUGGACCUGGAGGUCCCUGGAAAGCUGCCUGCCACAACUUGGGAAAAGGGCAAAGGAAGUGAGGUGUCAGUCAUGCUGACGGUCUCUGCUGCUGCAGCCAAGAAUCUAAAUGGUGUGAUGGUGGCAGUGGCAGAGUUGCUAAGCAUGAAGAUCCCUAACUCGUAUGAAGUGCUCUUCUCAGAGAGCCCUGCCCAGGCAGGCACUGAGCCCAAGAAGAGGGAAGCUGAGGGCCCUGGUGGGAAAGAAAAGGGUCUGGGAGGCAAGAGCCCAGAAGCUGGCCCUGAUUGGCUGAAGCAGUUUGAUGCAGUGUUGCCUGGCUAUACCCUCAAGAGCCAGCUAGACAUCUUGAGCCUCCUGAAACAGGAGAGCCCUGCCCCAGAGCCACCCACCCAGCACAGCUACACCUACAACGUUUCCAAUCUGGAUGUGCGACAGCUCUCGGCCCCGCCUCCUGAAGAACCCUCCCCACCUCCCUCCCCCUUGGCACCCUCUCCUGCCAGCCCACCUGCUGAACCCAUGGUUGAACUUCCAGCCGAACCCUCAGCUGAGCCACCAGUCCCCUCGCCUCUGCCUCUCGCCUCCUCCCCUGAGUCAGCCCGGCCCAAGCCCCGAGCCCGGCCCCCUGAAGAAGGGGAGGAUUCCCGCCCCCCUCGCCUCAAGAAGUGGAAGGGGGUGCGCUGGAAGCGGCUGCGGCUGCUACUGACCAUCCAGAAGGGCAGUGGGCAGCAGGAGGAUGAGCGGGAAGUGGCAGAGUUUAUGGAGCAGCUUGGCACAGCCCUGCGACCUGACAAGGUGCCUCGAGACAUGCGGCGCUGCUGCUUUUGCCACGAGGAGGGCGACGGGGCCACCGACGGUCCCGCCCGCCUGCUGAACCUGGACCUGGACCUGUGGGUACACCUCAACUGUGCCCUGUGGUCCACGGAGGUGUAUGAGACCCAGGGUGGGGCGCUGAUGAAUGUGGAGGUUGCUCUGCACCGGGGACUGCUAACCAAGUGCUCCCUGUGCCAGCGCACCGGUGCCACCAGCAGCUGCAAUCGCAUGCGUUGCCCCAAUGUCUACCAUUUUGCCUGUGCCAUCCGCGCCAAGUGCAUGUUCUUCAAGGACAAGACCAUGCUAUGCCCAAUGCAUAAGAUUAAGGGGCCCUGCGAACAGGAGCUGAGUUCUUUUGCUGUCUUCCGGCGGGUCUACAUUGAGCGAGAUGAGGUGAAGCAAAUCGCCAGCAUCAUCCAGCGGGGAGAGCGGCUGCACAUGUUCCGUGUGGGGGGCCUUGUGUUCCACGCCAUUGGACAGCUGCUCCCUCACCAGAUGGCUGACUUCCAUAGUGCCACCGCCCUCUAUCCCGUGGGCUACGAGGCCACACGCAUCUACUGGAGCCUCCGCACCAACAACCGCCGCUGCUGCUACCGUUGCUCGAUCGGCGAGAACAAUGGGCGGCCAGAGUUCAUAAUCAAAGUCACGGAGCAGGGUCUGGAGGACCUGGUCUUCACCGACGCCUCCCCGCAGGCCGUGUGGAAUCGCAUCAUCGAGCCUGUGGCUGCCAUGAGAAAAGAGGCUGACAUGCUACGGCUCUUUCCUGAGUACCUGAAAGGCGAAGAGCUCUUCGGGCUGACGGUGCACGCUGUGCUUCGCAUAGCUGAAUCACUGCCUGGGGUGGAGAGCUGUCAAAACUAUUUAUUCCGCUAUGGGCGCCACCCCUUGAUGGAGCUGCCACUCAUGAUCAACCCCACUGGCUGUGCCCGAUCGGAGCCUAAAAUCCUCACACACUACAAACGGCCCCACACCCUGAACAGCACCAGCAUGUCCAAGGCAUAUCAGAGCACCUUCACAGGCGAGACCAACACCCCGUACAGCAAGCAGUUUGUGCACUCCAAGUCAUCUCAGUACCGGCGGCUGCGCACCGAGUGGAAGAACAACGUGUAUCUGGCUCGCUCCCGUAUCCAGGGCCUGGGGCUGUACGCAGCCAAGGACCUAGAGAAGCACACAAUGGUCAUCGAGUACAUUGGCACCAUCAUUCGCAAUGAGGUGGCCAACCGGCGGGAGAAAAUCUAUGAAGAGCAGAACCGAGGUAUCUACAUGUUCCGGAUAAACAAUGAACAUGUGAUCGAUGCUACAUUGACCGGAGGCCCUGCCAGGUACAUUAACCAUUCCUGUGCUCCUAACUGUGUGGCAGAAGUUGUGACAUUUGACAAGGAGGACAAAAUCAUCAUCAUCUCCAGCCGGCGAAUCCCUAAAGGAGAGGAGCUGACCUAUGACUAUCAGUUUGACUUUGAGGACGAUCAGCACAAGAUCCCCUGCCACUGUGGAGCCUGGAAUUGUCGGAAAUGGAUGAACUAAGAAGCUUUGAGGCUACCAGGCAGGGGAGUCUUCCCACCCCCAACCUCUUCCCUGAAAGAGAUGAGGGGGAAGAGUGGUAGCAGCCGGAGCCGGGACCCAGGUCUGGGGCUGCCGGCUGACCGGAGCCCCUGGAGCAGGAGGCUGGGGCAGAGGGCCCUAGGCCAAGACCACCCUGGGCACCAGGGACAACCCUCUUCCCUGCUACCGGCCCCCAGGCUGGCAUCUCUGCCCCCAGCUCCAGGAGGGGCCAGACAGAAGCAGCCAUUGGGCAUCUCAGGUUUGAGGGGGAUAUGGGCCGGGAACUACCCAGAAGCAUCUGGGAGGCAGCAGGGAGAGGGGAGGAGGAUGUGUGGUCGGGCCUCACAGCCCUUCUGCUCCCACCGACCUCUCCGGCCCAACUCAAGGCUGCAAAGAGACUUGACUAAGCUUGACAAUCCCAAAGGCCGGGUCCCACACCUGGCCCUGCCUGCCGGGUCCUGCUCCCACCCUCACGCCCAUCCCCUUCCCUCUCAAAUCUGUCUCUGUCUCCCUCUUCUCCUCUGUGUUUCUGUCUCUCUAUGGGUUGUGUUUCCUUGUUUUCCACUCUGACAAAUGCAACAUGAAUGGGAAAGAGGUGCCCAGCUGCCCACGAGGGCAAGCCAGGCGAGCCGGGCAAGGAGACCCCGCACCCACACCUACCUCAUUUAAGUGUUGGAUUUUUUGCUGUUUCGAAAUGUGAGACCCUCUCCAAGACCCCCACUGCCCCAACCCUCUCCCCCACCUCACUGCCCUCUUCUGAGUGGGUGGAAGGGGGGUAGGAGGAGGAAGAAAAAAACAACAACAAAAAAUCCAUCUUUGUUUUUAAUUAUGGGCAUGGGAUGGUGGUUGAGGCUGAUGAUGAUGAAGAUUGGGGAUGACUGGCCCCUAGUUGCUCUAGGACUUCCUUCUCCAUCUGGACAUGGGGGUGGGAGGGGUGUGCUAACCUAGGACCAGGUUAUCUCCCUCCUGUUAGCUCAACCCCAUCUUGAGCCCAUUUGCCUUCCAGCCCCUGGAUGGGCCGGCUGGGGGGUAGGGUGAGGGCUGUCCCUGAGGCAUGCCCAUACCCAGUGAGGCAGGGUGUGGCCCGGAGCUCCCACUUUCCCUCAGUCACCAAACUGCUGCUGGUCUGGUGGGAAGGGGUGGUGAUGUGGGGGUGGGGGAGCUUAGUGUCAGCGCGGGGAGGGUGGGGGGUAUUUAUCUAUUUAUACAUGGGAUUGUACAUAGUCUUGUGGGGCACGGGGGAGCCGGCUGGAGGUGAGAACCCUCCCCUCUCCCCCCACCCCCGGGGAGAGCAAAUGUAAAACUACUAAUUUUUGUGCUUUAUAUAUUCUAUAUAAAUAUAUCUAUUUUCUUUUUACAAAACCAGUUUAUAAAUGGUAG